CGGUAUCUGAGCGACAUCAGAACCAGCACAUUUUGUUAUCACUAGCACUUGCAGGAGAACAUGGCUGACUCGUUACGAAGAAGUAGAUGGUGAAACAGAUAACAUGAGUUCAACACCAACACCCGCGGCGGCCACCGCAAACAUCAAGCCCCCUCAACCGAGGACAAAGCGGCCAAACUAUCACUUGCUCCACGCCAAUCCCCUUCCUCUCACAGUCAUCCCGUUCUCUCCCCUGAUCCCCCACAACCCGCUGUCGCUCCUACAAAUCUUGUACACGUAUCUAUUCUGUCGGUCGCCGUGCCAGCCCGUUCCGGCGUAUACGGGGUUCUUCAAUCCCGCUACACGGUCGGUGCAUGUUGUGGAAACGCGAUCCAUCCAGGCUUUCUGGAACAACGGGUUCUUUGGCAAAGGAUCGUUGUCGCGGUCCGAACCCACGUGGAUUUCCCGCAGGAGAAGGGCCCUCGGUGUCAUUGGUAAAAAUGAGGAUCUAACGGCGGAGGAGAUCACGGAGCGUCGCAGGCAGGAUAGGCGCCAGUUCAAGUUAGAGCGUGCAAGAGCUGAGAAAGAGAGGAUCCAGAAUCAGUUGGCUCAGGAGGGGAAGAUCGAGCUGUUGGAAACUGGUGAGGGUGGUUCGGUGGAGCCUGACGCCGCUGCUUCGCCACUCGUCCCUCUCGAAGGGGACGAUGAGGACGAGGAAGAUGCGCUGCAAGAUAAACCAGUCGUCCAUGUGGAAGAUCUUGAGCACUUGCAGCUGACUUUAGAAGAGGCAUUUUUCUUGCAAUGUGGCUUGGGCGCCCUCAGGAUUACGGGACCAGGACCUGAAGAAAAUAAGUCCAUUGAAGUGUGCGAUGCCCUGUGCUUGUUCCGAAAACACUCGUAUUUCCCACCUCUUGAUGAAACCGAUCUUCAACCCGAUGAUACCUUCCUACUCAACUACGUCGUAUAUCACCACUUCCGCUCGUUGGGCUGGGUCGUCAGGCCUGGCGUGAAGUUCGGCGUGGAAUACCUCCUCUACAACCGUGGCCCCGUCUUCUCCCACGCGGAAUUCGGCGUCCUUGUCAUGCCUGCUUACUCACACCCCUACUGGGCCACCGACGUCGGGCGCAAAAAGAACGAGUCGAAGCCGUGGCACUGGCUGCACAGCGUCAACCGUGUCAGCGCGCAGGUCAAGAAGACGCUCAUACUGGUGUACGUUGAGGUUCCGCCGCCGAGCGCGAUCGAGGGAUUGGAGGUGCAGCACUUGUUGAAGAAGUACGGGGUGCGCGAGGUCGCGUUGAGACGGUGGUUGGUUUCCAGGAAUCGGGAUUAGCUGGGUGGAUGGGAUGUAUGGCGGUGCUUUGCUUGCUUGCUUGUUUGUUUGCUUGAUUAUGGCGUUUGGAGCUUCAGGAGCUGGAUAGCGAGACAAUGAGGAAACAUUUGUUAUUUCGUAUGAUACUUGUAGUGCCAGCCUAUUCCAAUUUCCACCCUCCCGCAAACAAACCAGUGUCCCAAUCACAGCGCC